AUGUCUGACGUGGAAAGGCAGCUCGCAAUCCUGCUGAAGGCUCUGGUGAAAUCUGACUUGAAAUAUAUCUGUCCUCGAUGUUACCAGCUCUUUCCGGACAUCGCUGCGUGCUAUCGCCAUUGUCGGGAGGCAGGGGAAGGCGAAGGAGGAGAUGAUAUACACAAAGGUCUUGGUUUGAUCACAAAGAAAGACUUCCCCGAAUUCCUUCGAUGCUACCGUGUGGCUAUUGGGUUCCCAAUAGCUGAAUGUGAUCUUCCAUUGGGAGAUGGCCCCGGACGUCGCUCAUAUAACCAAUGCUUCUCAGUUGACUUCGUGCUUGGCAACCGUCAGAACUAUUCGAACAGUGAGGAUAAGAACACACGAAAAUGA